GGCAGCAGUCGUCGCCACUGUGCGUCGCUGAAGAUGUUGCAGCAGCAGCCUCUUGCGGGCAACGGGCCCUCCAAUGGCCGGGGACUUGGCAUGAGCGGCCACCCCGGGAUGCACGCCCUUAACUCGGCUCAUCAACCCUCCCAGCACCGGUCGGACGGAGGCGAGCCGGGCCUCGAAGGCACAGAAAACGGGCAUGAAACCCGCAGAGAUAUUGGCGAUAUACUGCAACAAAUAAUGACCAUCACCGACCAAAGUUUGGACGAGGCACAAGCAAAGAAACAUGCGUUGAACUGUCACCGAAUGAAGCCUGCAUUGUUCAGCGUGUUAUGCGAGAUCAAGGAGAAAACUGGUCUGUCAAUGAGAAACACCCAGGAAGAGGAGCCUCAGGACCCCCAGCUGGUGCGGCUGGACAACAUGCUGCUGGCGGAGGGCGUGGCCGGGCCGGAGAAAGGGGGCGGAGCAGCCGCUGCAGUGUCAGCCGCCACCAGCUCAGGAGGGAUGUCGCCUGACAGCUCGCUGGAGCACUCCGACUACAAAAGCAAGUUGAGCCAGAUUCGCAGUAUCUACCACACUGAGCUGGAGAAAUAUGAACAGGCAUGUAGCGAGUUCACCACCCAUGUGAUGAACCUGCUGAGGGAGCAGUCGCGCACCCGUCCCGUGUCUCCACGUGAGAUCGAGCGCAUGGUGGCCAUCAUUCACCGCAAGUUCAGCUCCAUUCAGACCCAGCUCAAGCAGAGCACCUGUGAAGCAGUAAUGAUCUUGAGGUCCCGCUUCCUCGAUGCCAGGCGCAAGAGGCGUAACUUCAGCAAGCAGGCCACAGAGGUCCUGAAUGAGUAUUUCUACUCCCACCUGUCCAACCCCUAUCCCAGCGAAGAGGCCAAAGAGGAACUCGCCAAACAGUGUGGAAUCACUGUUUCUCAGGUGUCCAACUGGUUUGGCAACAAGAGAAUCCGCUACAAGAAAAACAUUGGCAAGUUUCAGGAGGAGGCCAACCUCUACGCCAUGAAGACGGCCUUAGGGGCCACGCAGAACGAGGACUCACCGCACACUCCCAACUCCACAGGGUCAGGGUCCUUCUCUCUGUCUGGAUCAGCUGACCUGUUCCUCGGUGUUCCACCAAUGAACGGCGAGCAGGCCGCCUAUCAAAUGGGAGCACAGGCUAAUGGGAACUGGCAUGGUCGAAACACGCCCCCGUCUGCCACCUCACCCCGGAGCGACCACUCGGAAAACUCUGACUGAUGGCCCCACCUACUGGCAUAGGACGACAGCGACGGAAAGAUUAACGAUGGAAAAGACAGAAAGAAUGAUAUCACUCUUCCCACUUGGCUGCAGUUGUUUUUGUAUGUCGUUCGUUGGGUUUGAUUAUUUUAAAUGUUUGUUUGUUUGUUUGUUUUCUUUUAUUACUGCUCAACGUUGGUCAUAAGUAUGUGUGUAUGUGGGAGUGUGGGAAUGGUCGAGUGAAGUGUGUGUGUGUGUGUGUGUGUGUGUGUUUGUGAGUGAGGUUGUGUGCAUGCGCGUGUGGUUUUAUUAUUGGGGUUGUGGGGUUUGUUUUCCACUACUUCGGACAUGUUACUGCAGUGUGUGUUUGUGUUUGGGGCUGGGAUGGGAAUGGGGAAAGGGGGGUCAUGGGGUGGGGGACGGGAAAACUGCGUUAUCAUUGUUUUUAUCACACUAUAUUAUUAAUAUUAUUAUUAUUAUUGCCAUUUUAUUAUUAGUGCUUCAACUAUUUUAUGGUUUUCAUUUAACAGCUCAGAUAGAGAGAAUGCAUUUAGUGAAUGAGAGGGCAAUAGAGAAAAAUCCAAAGACUUUGUGUGUUUGUUUCUCUUGUUUUUUUUUUUUUUUAUUAUUAUUAUUUUGUUUUAUUUUCUACUGAGCUUGUGUGUCCCUAUAUAAUGAAUGAGGUGUGCCUGAUUCCAUAUUAAUGGUUUGAAUGAGUAUCAACAGUGCUGUCUUUUUUCUGUACAGUGAAACACCUGUAUUCUCUCUACCUCUUUUACAAUAAAGACUCUGUAUUCACAACCA